AUAUCUUUAUAAAUAGAAAUAAAAUGAAGAAAACAUGUACGAAAACCGGCAUAUAAUACUGAAUGAUAUUGUGUAGUGCUUAUAUUCCCUGGGGCUGACUAUUUCUCACUGGAAAAACAGCGACAUGCUUCAGAAGCAUCACUAUAGUAUAGGCUACAGCAGGGUGUUGAAGGUCUGAGUUUAUUCGCAAGAGGGUAACAUUCAAUGUGGGAGUAAACUUGCUAUCAAAGUGAACAAGACGCAGUCGUUUCGGGCUAAGAUGGAGUGAGAAGGUUGUUACCAAAACCUUCCUAUUUUAUAUAUGUAUAUAUGUAUGUACAAUAUAUAUAUAACAACCGAGAGAUUCAAAGAGAGUACCCCGCGAGGAAUGGAAUGAAAUGGAAGGACCGCAUUGGAACAAGUGGUGGAGGCGUUGGAGGAGUCAGACUUGCGUCCUCCGAUGCUAGAACGUCAGUUGGUUCAUGGUUUUCGGACACGACGGACCGAGACGGCAGAAAUUCAAUAUCAUUGAAAAUUUUCGACAUAUCCUGUAACAUAUCAGCUGACUAAAAGCUUUUAAAUAAAUAUCUGAUUUUAAUUGCAUUAUUUACUCCGAGAAAAUGAAAAUAAUAUCAUUAUUGAGUACUUUUAUUUUGUAUUCAUAUCUAACGUGUACUGUUAAAAGCCAGAGAUUAUCAGAUUAUCUAUUAGAGCCACAUACAACAACAGUAAGUCAUGUUCCGUAUAGAGAUAGGCGUAAUAAAGCUGAGCCCACGUGUGAGGAAUUACGUGCGAUGUGGAGAUACAGUAAAAGACAAAGUCGUGCCGUCGAAGUAACUAAUGAUUUGCCCAUGUAUCGUGAUCCAUUUUCAUACAACGUUUGGGAAACUUAUCCAGUACGUUCUCAAUCCUCAAUUGGUUACAGAGAAAUAUUAAAAUAUCCAGAUGAACGCGAUGAACAAGCGCGUAAUCGUGGCGGCGGACGUACUCCAGUUUAUGGAAAAAUGGUCCACAAAGCACCAGCAGAAAGUAGAUUCCGGAAUGGGAUGCCGAAUAAUCGCAUGAAAGCUUUUGAAGAAGUUGCCAGAAUGUAUGGAACAGUUAAUCGUCAGCCCCCGGAUUUACGAAGACCGCAAUAUAAUUUUCGCGUCGGCGGUGGUGGCUCGUCAAUAUCUCAUGUUCCACAAGCUGGCAGUUUUCAACAUCUCAAAGAGCUAAUACGAACUGAACGUGCUCGUGAAUUACAGGAUCAACGCGCAGCCGAAGAAUUAGCCGCGAGAGCAUCCUCAACAAAUAAUGAUAUUUUUAAAAAUGAACAACGUAAUAAAUUAACAGAUUCCCAGAUACAGUAUUUAAAUUCUAUUAAAUCAUAUCAAGAACCAAAAAAUUAUAAUUAUGAUAAAUCUAAAUAUCUUUCGAGUUUAACUGAUUACAAUGACGCUCCAUUGAUUAACGAUGAUUACAAUCGUAAUUCAAUGUUACAUUAAUCAAUAUUACAAAUUACACAACAAAAGUGUAAUUAACUGCCCAACAUGAUUACUAAAUAUUUUAAAAUGGAUGACAAUAAUUUAUUAUUUAAUAAAUAUUAUGAGGUAGGUACAUUUUGGGUUAUUGAUAUUUAAACCCAUCGAAUAUCAAUAUUGACAUAGUGUAUAUAUAUACACAUAAGAAUUUAUUUAUACUCAAUAGGAAUAUUACGGGCUCAUAAGUGCAUGGAAAUAUCAUUAGCACACUUGGGCACUAAAUUUAUUCGUUGAGAUAUUUAUUUAAAAAAACAAAUUGAUUAUUUAAACACUUGUUAAUUAAAACUACAAGCGUACAGUUUCGAUAACUAAUGGAUCGAGUAAUGAGACAAUAAGUAAUUUUAAAAAAUAAAUUAUACAAAAUGUAGUAUUUUCGAAACAUGUGUGGGCAGAAUUAUAUCACAUAUAUAUUUAUAUAUAUACAUUUAUAUAUAUGUAUAUAUAUAUAAAUGCUCAUAAGUAAAUGGUACAAUAUAUAAUAAUUACAAUAUAUAUUUUACCAUAUUACAAAAGAAUAUCGGCUUUAAUUUGAAAAUAAGUAUUUAAUUCUAGUCAUGAUAGUUUUAAAUGUCAUUUUAAUUGACAAAUAUGAUAUAUAUUGACAAUAACUAUUAUUAAUAAUAAUCAAUUGCACGUGAUUUAUCGACGUGAAUAUUAGGGUGGCCCAAAAAAACCGACUAUUUUUUUUUUUCGAGUCUCUAAUGAAAAUUUGUUAGUUCAAGAUGUUUUAAGAAGCCUCUACAAAAAUCAGCUUAAUAAAAAUUUUUCAAGAGGUCGCUCACGAAUUUUGAAAAUAUCAAAAAUGAUUGGAAUUCGGAUUUUUUGUUUCUGAAUUUUUUCUUCCUCGUGGCAGCAAUAUUUUAUAUCUGUAAAAUUAUGACUAUGCUGAAAAUUUCAGCCCAAUAUUUAAAUAUUUAAACGGCGCUCAAGAAUUUCGAAUAUUAACUGAUAAUAUGUAACUCAUACUUUGAAUUAGUUUUUGUAUUUUUUUAUAACUCAAUUACUGUCAUUUCACUUAAAUAUAACUUUUGCAUAACCGAAAACAUACAGGACAGUCUUAAACAAUAAAAUUGGGUAUGUUUUAAAUAAGCAAAAAAACCUAAAAAUUGAAUUAAAAAAUAAAAAAGUAUGUAAAUAACUUAUUAUUUAUAUUUCUCGGGUUGUAUUUUUAUUCAUUAUGAUACAAAUUGAUGGUAAAAAAAUUGAGAAGGUUUAUUAUUAAUAUUCAAGGGUCGCUCGAAAACAUCCAAGAGACAGUACUCGGAAACAUUCAAAAUUCUUGAGCGACAUUUAAAUAUUUUAAUUUUGAGCUGAAAUUUUCAGGGUAGUCAUGAUUUCAUAAAUAUAAACUAUAGCUGCCACGAGAAAGAAGAAAUUUAGAACAAAAAAAUCCUAAUUUCGAUUAUUUUUGAUAUUUUCAAAAUUCGUGAGCGACCUCUUGAAAAUUUUUUAUCGAGCUGAUUUUUGGAAAGGCGUCUUAAAACAUCUUAAACCAACAAAUUUUCAUUAGAGACUUGAAAAAAAAAAUUAGUCGGUUUUUUUGGGCCACCCUAGUGAAUAUAUUAUGAUAACUAUAAUAUUAAUUGUUCAUAAAGACUAAAAACUAAGAAAAAAAAAAAAUGGUUACCUUUAAAGGAACAAAAAUUAAUUGCAGUUAAUUUAUGAUCAAAUGCAUAUCUAUUUGAUCACAAUCACCCGAGUUCGAUAUUAUAGAAAAGCAAACAGGACUGUCCGUAACUUUUUUGGCGGAAUAUUUGUGAAUUUUUCUUGCCUAGUAUUUAAAUAUUAAUUAUAAUUAAUAAUAAUAAUAAUUUUAAAAAAUAAAUUGAAAUUUCAGCAUAUUUGAAAAUAAUAUAUUUAAAUAUUUCGAGCAUUAUCGUGGCUUUUGCUUCUAUAUAUAAAUUAAAUUUAUCAACUCUUAAAUUAUAAACACUAAGAAUUUUAAAUAAGUUUACUAUGGAAAUUUUAUCACUAUAAAGCUUCGUUUGAUAAGGCUGACAGAUAGAAUAAAUUUUAUUAUAAAUAAUGAAAUUUAUAUUUUUUUUGUUCAAAGUUUGCGUUAAAGAGAAGAAAAGUUUUAUUAAUAAAAUAAGACCAUUAAUUUAAACAACAUUUGCCUUUAAAAAUCAUAUCCGGUUUUUAUUUUAAAUUCAACAGCAUUCUCGAUAUCGAUUCUACUACAAUAGACCGUAAUUUAUAAUUCAAUGAAUUCAAUUAAACUUCUUUGCAUUUACCAUUAAAUGAGAUUUUACUUAAACCUGAGUUUCAAUUUAAUUUCAAACAAAUUUAUAAAUAUUUUAAAAUAUAAUAAAGCAAAUUUUUAAUUGGAUCUAUAAAGAAAUUAUCGAUAUCGCUGAUAUAACAGGGUUUUUAUUAUUAUUUUAAUGCAUAAUCCGAAAAUAUAUAAAUAUUUAUUAAAUAAUAU